AUGGCUCCGAACAGCUUCUCGGUAUCUACUCGUAUCCCGCUCUCCAAUGGCCUGUCGAUCCCGCAAAUUCACCUCGGUGUCUAUCUCAUGAGCGGCCGAGAAGCCAAGUCGGCCGUCAAGUGGGCGCUCGAGGCCGGUUAUCGAGGCAUUGACAGCGCUCAGAUGUACCGGAAUGAAAAGGAAUGUGGUCAGGCGAUUCUGUCCUUCCUGGACGACAAGGCCAGCAACACGACAGGCUUGACCCGGGAAGAUAUCUUCUUCACCUCGAAAUUGGCCUCCAAUGCCAGCUACGAGGUUGCUCGCCGGUCCAUCAAGCAGUCGGUGCAAACAUCCGGCCUGGGCUACAUCGACCUCUUUUUGUUGCACAGCCCCUACGGCGGGAAGAGUGCCCGGCUAUCCAGCUGGAGGGCAGUCGAAGACGCCAUCAAAGAUGGCGAGGUCAAAAUCGGCGGAGUCAGUAACUUCGGGGUGAAGCAUCUGGACGAGCUGAUGGCGUCCAAACCCCGUAUUGUCCCGGCUGUCAAUCAGAUUGAAGUCCACCCCUUCAAUACCAGAACCAACAUCACCGACGCGUGUAGUCGAUAUGGCAUUCUGGUUGAAGCAUACGCACCACUUGCCAGGGCGCUUCGCAUGAACCAUCCGGCCAUUGUCUCCCUCUCGAAAAAAUACAACUGUACACCCGCCCAGUUACUGAUCAGGUGGAGUCUCCAGCAUGGAUACAUCCCCCUACCCAAGAGUGUAUCCAAGGAGAGAAUUCAGUCGAAUGCAAACAUCAACCACUUCGAGAUCUCUGGUGAGGACCUAAAGGUACUGGAUGGCCUGGACGAGUACUUGGUGACCGACUGGGACCCGGUGGACACAGACUAG